GGCAAGCGCUCACUGGGCUGGUCGCCUGCUGACCCUCCUUCUCCUGCAGGCUCUUAGCAGAAGCAGCAGCAAGGUGUCCAACCCCAACAAGGGAAGCCCGCGAUCCCCAGCGGCAAGGACCUUUGGUGCGCUCCAGAAAGGAGAGGGGGAUGGGAUGGAAUCCAGCCGGAGAUGCUGAGUAGUGGCAUGAAGACUUCCAAGGCACAAGAGACCGAAGGGCAACACUCCAGGGCCGCUGCAGGACGGGCCACUGGGACUGCAAACUUGACCAAAAAGAAAGCUGCUCAGAAGAGGCAGAGGGGCAGGCCUUCAUCCCAGUCGCGCAGGAACAUUGUGGGCUGCAGAAUCUCCCAUGGAUGGAAGGAGGGAAAUGAGGCCAUCACCCAGUGGAAAGGAACGGUUCUGGAUCAGGUGCCUAUAAAUCCUUCUCUUUAUCUGGUGAAAUAUGACGGAGUUGACUGUGUCUAUGGACUGGAACUUCACAGAGAUGAAAGAGUUUUGUCCCUUAAAAUUCUUUCCGACAGGGUGGCGUCAUCCCAAGUCGGUGAUGCCAGCCUCGCAGAUACCAUAAUUGGCAAAGCAGUGGAGCACAUGUUUGAGGGUGAGCAUGGCUCUAAGGAUCAAUGGAGGGGGAUGGUCCUAGCCCAAGCACCUAUCAUGAAGGCCUGGUUUUACAUUACCUAUGAGAAGGAUCCUGUCCUGUACAUGUACCAGCUUCUGGAUGAUUAUAAAGAUGGCGACCUCCGUAUUAUGCCAGAGUCCGAUGAGUCUCCUCCAGCAGAGAGGGGGCCAGGAGGAGUUGUCGAUGGCCUGAUAGGCAAACAUGUAGAAUACACCAAAGAAGACGGCUCCAAAAGAAUCGGCAUGGUCAUUCACCAGGUGGAAGCCAAACCCUCUGUGUACUUCAUCAAGUUUGACGAUGAUUUUCAUAUCUAUGUCUAUGACUUGGUAAAAAAGUCCUAACUGUUUGGGAAAACUUUGCCCCAACUGUGGAAAUAAAGGUGUAAUUUGUAGACAUCAGAAAAAUGCUGCUUUUGAGUGCAUUGAGAGUUGAGGGGUGCCUGCUGAUCUUUGCCAGCAUAAACCUUGUUCUGAGAAAACCAGAUUUAUGGGGGCAUG